GGUGCUGUGUUUCAAAUAAGUACUCGCAAUGACAAUGGAACUUGAUGUAAAGAUCGGGAAAAUUAAUAUGUCGUUCAGAUGAAUAAAUCAAGUAUUUUCAAUUAUCAACGAAUGCUUUUUUUUGUCCAUGUGCACUAAUAGAAAAGAAUUACAAUGCGAGAGCGAUUCUCAUUGAAACACAGCGGUUUUACUUGAAUAGUCAGUACAUUGUCGGGACCAUCAAACAACAUCUCCAUAAGGGAGGUGAAAACAUUGAAUUUUGAUUAGCGCUUGAUAAUGUUUUGAAAUUAAACGGGAAAAACGUACAUGUAUGUAUGGCAGUUUUUGCUUCAUUGUUUCUAGACCAGACUAAACCAAAUAUUAUUCACGUAUUUAUAAAAUGCCAACUAUCUCACUUCACUGUCGUGUUCAUUAUUACACCCCCAUAUAUGUGCUGCUCGUUAAAGUUUCCAGCAUGAGUUCACCUCGCUCUAUAUAUUCCUGCCAAUACAGCUAUGUUUUUCAAAGGUAGGUAAUCCAUCAAUUUCUGAUGGUAAACAAAGAUCGGAAUGGGUGUGAGUGAAAAGCUAUUAAAUUUAGAAGAGAUUUAAAGAAUUCGAAUACCCGCAGUGUUUCGACCUUUGAAAUUGUUCACGUAUUAAAACGUUACAGACAGUUCUCUUUGCUUUUGGUUUCCCCAGAUCUGGUUUUUGGUCACCGAAAGGAUUUUACAGUGGAAAAAUUGCAAGCCUAUCUAUAAGGUAGUUCUAUGUAAAGAAUCUUGUUUUUAGGUGCUGGAUGACUUUUUGCACAUAAGAUUGCAAGCGCCUUAAGAGCAGACGGAAUUCCCCUGCAUGAAAUGAUUCUCAGCCGUGUGGUAGUCAGGAAGUUGAAAUGGACACAAACUUCCUCAUUGUUGUGGCAAUUUACGCUCCACCAUUUAUUAGAGGACAUUGCUGUCCUGUUGAUAAUUUUAACCCCCAUCCGUAGUAACAUGUUAAAGACCGUCACAUUAUAAAUGCAAUCCUCCUUUGAACACUGGGCUCAUUGAAACUUCAAUUAUUUUCAUCAUAGCGACGAUCCACGCGAGAUGAUCGAACACAAUGCAAAGUUGUAACUUGUUUAUGAGAUAUGCGUUGUGUACGAUGAGCUAUUCAUACUAUUUUGUUAUCUCUGCCCAUUUAGGCAGUUGAUUAACGUGCUGAUAGAAGUCCGUUGGAUAUUUGAACCGUUUGAAAAUUCCGAAACGUACGCAGAUUCAAAGGUCGUCUGCUCAUUCUGCUGUGAAGUAUAAAUUUGUUCUGAUGAAAACUGUGAAAAACUGUUGUGGCUAAGAAUUCGUAAAACAUGAAAUGAAAAGCUCUAUCUUGAAGCCAUUGAUGUGAAAUCAACAACGAACUCCGAAGGGCUAGAAACAAUGAAUGUUUUACGCAUGUGGCUGCACGUCCAGUCGGUCCUGCUCGGGAUCAUAUUACUUGCCUCACUUUUUCUCAACGUUUUACUUAUGAAAGUUCUCUGGAUGAAGAUGAAGUCAAAACGAUGCAAAGGAGACGCGACGAGCAACAAUAUCGAAAGAAUCUACACGUAUUUACUGUACCAUCUCGCGUUCUCCGACAUUCUUAGUGUGUUGUUAAAUAUACCUUUCGACAUCUUUUUCCACACUGAAGUUGUUGUGAUCUACGUGUCUCAUAUUGGCUGUCAGAUCUUGCCUCCUUUUCAACUGGCGUCCACUACUGCCCAAGCUGGGACCUAUGUCGCUUUGAGUUACCAUCGUUUUCGAGCGAUAGUGCAUCCAUUCAGUGCAACGGUGACUGGCUACAAAUCGUUUAUUAUGAUCACGUUAAUAUGGUUCUUCAGUGUUGGUCUUUCCAUACCUUAUGCUAUGGUAAACAGAUUCAAUGCAACUUCUUCUAAAUGCUAUGAAAAUUGGGGUAGAAAAUCGAAGACAUUGUAUACCUUUUCCAUAUUCAUUGUUCAAUAUGGUUUUCCAGUGUCUUUAAUGGCUCUCUUUUAUAUCGCAAUUGCACGAACGUUGCAGAAUCAUCGCACUGCAAAAGAAAAAGUGCGUGUUCCUAGUCGAGAUGACGAACGCUGUCACAGACGCAUUGUCAAGAUGUUGGUGACUAUAGUAACCGUUUACAGUGUGUGCAUGCUUCCUCACCAUGUGUAUUGGAUUUUCACCAGUAUUCAUCCGAAUGUUGAUCAAUCUGCGUCCAAGAUAGUAUCGAGUGUAUCAUAUCUCUUUACGUAUUCAAACACUGUCGCCAAUCCUAUCGUGUUCUUUAUUUACAACACGGAGAGUCAUUAUUAUUUGAAAAGAAUGUCAAGAAAGUUCUGUUGCGGUCGGACUAUGAAUAUCACGUUUGAACUGGAAAAAUGGUCAAUCUCAUGGUCUGGGGCAACAAAAAGUGAUUCGCCUCGUUCAUUUGAUACGAAGACAACGAACGAUGAACAGAAACUUAAGCAGUUAUUUCCUCCUAAACCCAGCGAUUCCGACGUCGGUGUUUCACUGCCUUGGGAAGCCCAAAUUCUCAAUUCGCCUGAGCUACUCAGCUACAGAGAAUAUUCUUCUUCGACUCAUUUCAAACAUUCCCAGUCCAUGGAAGAGCCCAUGUAUGCAAGUGACCUCUCAAAUCCAUUGCUGCUCCAAGAUAUCCCAAGUGAUGUAGUACAAGCAGGGUGUAGGUCAGACAAUGAUGAGAGUGAAAGUAAGGGUAGCAAUGCGAAUGACUACCGCACCAAUACAAGCGAAAGUGAUGAAGUAUUUUUUGACCAAACAGUAGAAGUUGAUCAUUGUUUCGAUCGAAUAGACGUUUUGGGUCAUCCUGAUGAACACCAUAUGACUCCAGAAGAACCGUCCAAUGAGAUCAGGUGGAACGAGGCAACGGACGGAUCAGAGUAUAACGAAAACGAGGUGUCUUUUGUCAGUGCCGUGAUUGAUGAAAUGAUGCGAGAUGUUCGAGAGGAACUCAAUAGAGAAGUUGUUAAUUACAAUUUUCUAAACUUCGAAGACAUUCUGAAUUUGAGUGAGAUAUCACGUGAAUACGUACAGUCCGGUAGAAAUCUUGAUAGGCAAAGAGAGGAUGUUAGGGACAUUAGACAGUAUCAAGAGAGUGAAGAGGAUGAGGAGGUCAUACAGGAAUACCUUGAAGACCUGCCUGAAACGCGAAUGUAGAUUUAUUUUUCAAAGUAUUCAGCCUUGUAAAUAAAUGUUGCGCUUCAACAUAAAAUAACUGCGCAAACAAAGACGAAUUUGGUAUCUGACAAAUCAGAGUAGCUGCUUAGAUUUUCGGUCUGCGCAAAUCAGAUUGCGGAAGUUCAUCAUUUGCAGAAAAGCAAAGGAAAAGGAGGAUGUUACGUUUCAAAGAGACUAUGUAAAAAAUGCAUGGUUUGACACUGGUAACAAUGUUUUAUCAGCGCUAUAUUUGAGAGGGAUAGAUUUUUAGCUGAGAGGCAUGUUCUAACCUUAUUACAUAGAGUCUAUGUCAUAGACAAACAAUUUAUUGAGUAAAAUUCAGAGUCCCACCUGAA